AUUGUGAAUCAUGUCAGAGGAAGAAGAGAAAUCAAAGAAGCCAAUUGAUGGAGCCUUUAGACAACAGCGUUUACCAGCUUGGCAGCCUGUUCUUACCCCACGCACUGUUCUUCCAACAUUCUUCAUCAUUGGCAUUCUAUUUACACCAAUUGGAGGCCUUCUAUACUGGUCUAGCGGUCGUGUCGAUGAGAUAAUGAUUAACUAUUCUCAUUGCACAAAAUAUGCUGAGCCAGUGUACCUUGCACCCAGCUUGUACAGCUAUCUGUUCAACAAGGAUGCCAAUAUGACUGACAUGGAAGUCCCUGCUUAUCAUUACCAAAAUUCGUCUACCUUUAUCGACCCUACUUGGAAUAACCCAAACAAUCUGGUCAUUCCACAGUGUAUACUUGACUUCACGGUGCCUAGAACAAUGACUGGCCCAAUAUUUAUGUAUUAUCGUCUGACAAAUUUCUAUCAGAAUCAUCGACAAUAUAUUAAGAACUAUGACGCAAACCAGCUAUUAGGCGAUGCUGUAUCUUCGGGUACUGCUGGUGUUAAUUGUGAUCCAUUAACAUCCACAAACGACGGAAUUAUUUAUCCGUGCGGAUUAAUUGCUAAUUCGAUGUUUAACGACACCGCUUCAAACUUUAUUUCCGUCGAUCAAUCCACCGCUACCACUUAUUCAUUUGAAACAACUGGCAUUGCUUGGCCCACUGACAAACAAAAAUAUAAGCCUACAAAGUAUCAAACAUCAGAGAUAGUACCACCACCCAAUUGGGCUCUCAGAUAUCCCAAUGGAAAGUUUGACGACAGUAAUCCACCACCAGAUCUAUCUUCUAUGGAGCGUUUGAUGGUUUGGAUGCAUGUCGCGGCUCUUCCUGACUUCCGUAAGAUAUGGGCAAGAAAUGACAAUGAUGAUUUGGUUGCUGGAAGAUGGCGUGUGUACAUUGAUAUGAACUUUGAUACUGUACAAUACAGUGGUGAGAAAUGGAUUGUACUUUCAACUACUUCUCCUUUAGGUGGGCGCAACCCAUAUCUUGGUAUUGCCUAUAUGGCAAUUGGUGCGUUGUGCCUUUUGCUUGGUUUUAUUUUUACCAUUCGCCACUGUAUUAAGCCAAGAAAAUUGGGUGACCCGACCUACCUCUCAUGGAACAAACCUGGCGGUGGGCUCCCGACAAACAAGCGACGAAAGACUUUACACAAAGAAUAAUCUUUUUGACCUGUACUUUUUACAUGCAUUAAUUUACUGUGGUUAAAAUAGGGUCGUCCUUACCCCAUGUCCAUUCAGUUUUCUUGAUCUCUCUUUUCUUCCAUUUCUUCCCAAGUGCCAUUAUCAUAUAUUACUUUGUCUCAUCAGCCUUAUAAAACGUUUCUUGUGUGCCAAAUUA